CUUCCCACCACUCUCAAGGCCCUCAGACGGUGCCUGGGUUUUUUUUCCUAUUACGCCCAAUGGGUCCCCCAUUACGCAGACAAGGCACGCCCCCUGGUCAAGUCUACCUCGUUUCCCCUCUCUGCUGAGGCCCGCGCGGCCUUCAGCUGCAUUAAAGAGGACAUUGCUAAAGCUACGAUGCAUGCCGUGGACGAGACCGCUCCCUUCCAAGUGGAGUGUGAUGCCUCCGAUUUCGCUCUGGCUGCUACCCUCAAUCAGGAAGGCAGACCAGUAGCAUUCUUUUCUCGCACCCUCCAAGGCUCCGAAAUUCGGCACUCCGCGGUGGAGAAAGAAGCCCAGGCCAUAGUGGAGGCUGUUAGGCACUGGAGGCACUAUCUUGCUGGCAAAAGGUUCACCUUGCUGACCGACCAGCGCUCGGUUGCGUUCCUGUUCAGCAACCAACAGCGGGGCAAAAUCAAAAAUGAUAAGAUUUUGCGGUGGAGAAUAGAACUCUCCACCUACACCUAUGAUAUCCUGUACCGGCCUGGCAGACUCAAUGAGCCCCCUGAUGCCCUAUCCCGGGGAACAUGUGCUAGCACACAGCUCGGCCAGCUGUACACCCUUCAUGCACAACUUUGCCAUCCAGGGGUCACCCGAUUUUACCAUUUUGUGAAAGCUCGGAACCUGCCAUACUCCCUGGAGGACAUCAGGACGAUGACCAGGGACUGCCAAAUUUGCACCGAGUGCAAACCGCACUUCUACCGUCCUGACACAGCGCAACUUAUCAAGGCCACCCGCCCUUUUGAACGACUGAGUGUUGACUUUAAGGGCCCCCUUCCCUCCACUGACCGCAAUGUCUAUUUUCUCAGUGUUAUCGACGAGUACUCACGGUUCCCCUUUGCCAUUCCCUGCCCCAACACCAAUGCCAAUAGCAAGUUUGUGAAUCUGGUGGGAGCAAAUGACUUUGGGAAUGGCAAGGGUGCAGUGCCACAGGAGGGGCAGCGGAGGAGUGCCAGGGGCAGGGGGUGGCGCAGCUCCAGACACAUCUAG